AUGGGUGGCAAACCUUCAUCUUUUGACUCCAAGCCUGCAUCAUUUGAAUCCUCUACUGUGGAUAUUAGCCAAGUAGUAAACAAACCAAUCACUGAAUGUGAUGCUGAAGAUUUGCUCGUCCUUCUGAGACACUAUAAAUUCGAGGAUAAGAGCAAUAAAUUGGCCAGUGUCAUCAAGGAAAAAGACAUGUCUGGAAGUAUAUUCUCUGCACUUGUUGCACCAAUACUGGAGGAGAAUCAAUCAAAAAUUGAAGACGAAAGGGACCGAUUGGCUAGCAGAUAUGCCACUCGUUAUGCCAUCACGGAAAGUUUGCUAUCACGUUUUAUUGAGAAUGUGGUUAUUACAAAGAUUAAAAGGGAUGUGUCGAAUGCAUCAAGUAAGAAAAUUAAUAUUUCAUCCAUUCCAACAACAACAGCAAGUUUGCAUUCAGAGACUCAGGAUCCAGGUGUCACUCCUCAAACUUUUUAUAACAUUUCAACUGCAUACGAUCAAGAUAAAUUGAACGAGUGGGAGAAGAGAGGAAUUGAAAAGGUCAAGAAGAAUUUGGUAAAAUAUUAUGAAUUUUUGAAGGAGAAGAAGAAGAAAUUCGAAACUUGUGGAUUGAUAGGUGACUUGGAAGUGGAUGCUCAAAAUAUGGUCUGCAAAGAUCGUUUCAUGUUCAACACAUUCUGUGCUCCAAUUUUGAGUAAUUCAAGCAGGAGAGUUUUGACUUCUGAGCCAUAUAUGCAAGUUAAGUUGAUCAUUUCAGAAAUUGAGGGAAAUGAAAUUUAUAGAUCCAUUGUCUCAAAAGUAGUGAAUACAGAAUUUGGCCUCCUCCACACUGGAUUAUUGAUUGGUGAGUGGAAAUUCGAUUGGUACGACAAUUCAAUGGUCAGUGUUAGAAAGGAAAAGAAUAUUGGCUCUGGAAAUGCAAUUGCUGUUAUUGAUUUGGGAUCUCUGAUUGAUCAAAAUUUAAUUUUGAGUGCAUUCUUCAAAAUUUCAGACAUUGUUUGUAAAUACAAUGCCACUAUGGAGUACGGUCAAUUGAAUUGUAAUUGCCAACACUUUGUUUCGGAACUUUUGGAUGCACUUUCUCUUGUCACUCCAAAAUCCAAGUGCUUUGAAAAGUAUUUUAAAAAUUUAAAGAAGGGAGAUAUGGCAAGAAAAUUCUACUUUAGCCCAGCUUUAAUUGACAAGAUUCAAAAAGCUCAAGAUUCAAUUUACAAGAAAAAGAAGUCAAUCAAAUUCGAAAGUAGAAAAGAUCUUGAUGAAUUCUGUUUCUUUAUCAAGGAUUUAGGUCAUUUUACAACAGAAGAAGGAAAGGAAGAUUAUCAAUUGCUUAAAUCAUUUGAUAGAUCGUUUGUAAUUGCUGGUAAGGGAAGAGAUGGAUUGGUCGUGGUUGACUAUUCUGUGGAAGGAUUCAAGAAGGAGAAUGCAUUCUUUUCUCAAUCUGGUCUUCAUGAUGAUACCAGUAUUACCAAUAUCAAGUACAAUGUAAAGGAUUUGGACUUGUCAAAAUAUUUCCUCAAAAGAUAG